UGAAGUGACCUAUUGCCCAAAUUUCAAACCCACCCAUAAUCAUCUCUUUCUCUCAGAGUCAUUGUUCUCCGUUCUCCGUCCGCACCGGCGCCACACGCCCACUGCGCCACCAUUCUUCUAAACACCCCUUUCUCUACUUCACGUCCGAACCAAACUAUGGAUAAACAAAGCGCAGAGAAAUCACGUCGAGAACGAAGGAAAGAAUCCCGCUUGGCAAAGAAUGCAUCAAAACACGAGUCCUGGCUCCUUCAUCGGAAAUCUAGAGCUACGAAAAAACAUGGCAGUAAUUCAGCUAUGGAAACUAAAAACACACCUGAUACAUCAGUUAGUCCUAGUGUCAAGGAAACACAAGCUGGGAAGUUAGAGUCUUACUCUAAGAAACAUGAGAUAGAUGAAGAACACGUAGUGGCAGAGGAAGAAAAGGGUGGUUCUGUUGCAAAGAAAAUGAGGAAAGUGAAGAAGGGUUCUAGCAAAGGUUCCAGGAAGAGCAUGUUGGAGCUUGGUAUGCAGGAUGUUUCUAUAGCUGCUGAAAAGGAUCUAGAACUGGAAAGGAAGCUUUCCAAGAAGCUAAAGGUGAAGGAAGGAAAAUUGAGGGGAAUGGAUGAUGGGCUUAACAUAUUACUUGAAGGAAUGUCUUCUUCUUUUGAUUUCAUGGGAGAGGGGGAGGUUCCUGGUAUUGAUGAAUUUCCUGUGAAUAGAUUGAAGAAAAGCUUGUCAAGUAAGAAGGACAAGUUGUCAAGGAAAAGAAUGAAACAGGAAGCAAUGGAUGAUGUAUCAGAGCAUGUACAAACUUCUAGUGAAGAUGUAGAAUUGGAUGAUGUUCCAGACAGUGUGCCUUCAAGGAAGAAGCACAAGAAAAGGAAAUCAUCAAUUGAGCAGCAGGAAGACAAUGAAGAGGAUGAUGCUGUUGGGAUGUCCAAGCCUUUGGAAUCUUGUGGAAUGGAGGGGAAAUUGGGUAACACUCCUGCUGAACUUCCGGAAAAGAAAGCCAAAGGGAAAUAUAUUGCGCCUCACUUGAGAGCUCGUGCUGGCAAUGAGCCUGAAGAGCAUACUCAAAUACGAAGACGUGUGCGAGGGCUUCUUAACAGGCUUUCUGAAUCUAAUGUUGAGUCAGUUACUGGGGAAUUGUCCUUGAUCUUUCAGACUGUUGCUCGUAGUAUUGGUUCACAGAUCUUGACUGAGGAAGUUUUGGCAUCAUGUUCUGGUGGUCCUCGUGGCAAUCAACAGUAUGCUGCUACUUUUGCUGCAUUUGUUGCUGGGAUGGCAUGUUUGGUUGGUGUUGACUUCAGUGCAAAGUUUUUGGCUUCCUUUGCUAAAUGUUUUGAGGAUGAGUACAAUAAAGAAGACAAUCUCUCCUUGCGGAAUCUUACUCUUCUUUUAUCCUAUUUAUGCAUAUUUGGAGUCUGUUCUAGUGAUUUGAUAUAUGACUUUCUGGUCAUGCUGAGCAAGCGUUUAACUGAGACAGAUGUCUCUAUCAUUUUGGCGUUGUUACAAUGUUGUGGGAUGAAAAUAAGGGUUGAUGAUCCAGCUGCCAUGAAAGAUUUCAUUCUUAGCGUUCAAGAUACAUCAAAAAAGUUGAAGGCUUCCUCUGGAGAUGACAGUCAAAAGAAAAAUAGUAAAAGAAUGGACUUCAUGCUUGAAAUCAUAUGUGACAUCAAGAAUAACAAAAGAAAACCAAAUGAGGACUCUGCACAUCACACUCGGAUUAAGAAGUGGUUACAGAAGUUAAGAGUUGAUGACAUUUUGAUUAGAGGGCUUAAAUGGAGCAAGCUUCUUGAUCCUGACAAGAAGGGCCAGUGGUGGUUGUCCGGAGAUGCAGCAUCUUCAACAGUUAAUGUUGAAGAAGUUGCCAACAGAAUAGACAAAGAUGUUCUUGAAACCCAGAGAAUGCUCCAGCUCGCUGCUGCUCAAAAGAUGAACACAGAUGCCAGAAGGGCAAUCUUUUGUAUAAUAAUGAGUGGGGAAGACUAUAUUGAUGCAUUUGAGAAACUUCUAAGAUUGGAAUUACCAGGCAAACAGGACAGAGAUGUCAUGCGUGUUCUUGUGGAGUGUUGUUUGCAAGAGAAAGUUUUUAACAAGUAUUAUACAGUGCUGGCUUCCAAGUUAUGCGAGCAUGACAAAAAUCACAAGUUCACUCUACAGUUUUGCCUGUGGGAUCAGCUUAAGGAGCUGGAGUCAAUGCCUCUUAUGAGGUCAAUGCACUUGGCAAAAUUUGUGGCUGAAAUGGUUGCCUCUUUCACUCUCUCCCUUAAUGUUUUGAAGACUGUGGAUCUGAAUGAUAUCACCUUGUUGACACCAAGAAGGGUCAUGCAUUUCCGCAUUCUGUUUGAGGCCAUUUUGGAGUAUCCGGAAAACUUGGUAUGGAACAUAUUCACACGUGCAGCAGUGAUUCCUGACCUUGAAAGUCUUAGGCAAGGCCUUGAAUUUUUCAUAAAGGAGUACGUUGUGAAAACCAAUAGAGAUCUAACUCAAAAGUUCAAGUUAGCAAAAAAAGCCCUUAAUAAUGUGGAAGGAGUUUUGAGGUGAAAGUAAAAUUUGGAUUCUACCCAAUUUUGUAGCUUAACUUUAUGCUUUUUUGGUAAAGAGGAACUGUUAUUUUAGAGGAUGAUUUUGAAAA